CUCAAGCCAAAGAGCGAAGAGUGAAGUUUGGACUACCAUUCCUGCUGCCUUUAACGUUGUUAAUUGUUUGAGGUUGACCAAGAAACAACGUCCACAACCAGUUUCCCAAGCUCUGAAUGAGGUGCAGCUUUCUGUCGGUGCUGUUUCAUAAGUGCUGCUGCUGCCAGGAUGGGCCAGCAGCUCUCAGGUCAGGCGAUGAUGACCCGUCUGCCUGAGAAACUGGUGAAACACGCAGGACUGGUGCGUGACAGCGGCUACCUGACCUACGAGGAGUUUCUGGCGAGAGUGGCCGAACUUAACGACGUUACGGCCAAGCUAGCGACUGGACAGCAGAAGCACCUGCUGUUUGAGGUGCAGCCAGGGUCCGAUUCCACGGCCCUGUGGAAGGUGGCUGUAAGGGUCCUCUGCACCAAGAUCAACAAAGAAAGCGGCACGAUGGAAGCGUCGCGCAUCAUGAACCUGUACCAGUUCAUUCAGCUGUACCGCGACGUCACCAGCCAGGCUGCUGAGGUGCUGUCUGCAGAGGGCGCCACCGAGGGCCCGUCUGCCCGGCUGCCCUCCGCAGACUCCUGUCAGGCCAGCAUGUGGAUGGGCAGAGUGAAGCAGCUGACAGACGAGGAGGAGUGCUGCAUCUGCAUGGAUGGAAAGGCCGACCUCAUCCUGCCCUGUGCGCAUAGCUUCUGCCAGAAGUGCAUCGAUAAAUGGAGUGGGCAGAGCCGAAACUGUCCCAUGUGUCGCCUGCAAGUGACCGCGGCCAACGACUCAUGGGUGAUGUCCGAUUUCCCCACAGAGGACGACAUUGCUGGCUACAUCCUCAACUUGGCGGAUGAGGCGGGCCACCCGCACAGGCCUUAACGCACAGCACCACGGCGCUCAGUGGGUGGCGGGAGGAGUCGACUCGCACCAAGUAGACUUGACACGUGGCAACACAAAAGGUCACUUUCACAGAGGAGGAGGGUUCCUUUUUUUUUCAGAGUAGAGAUUCGUUUUGUUCCCAGCGACAGGUUUUUGAUAAUUAAACCAUUGUCUCUUUUAAGUCCUUUAAAAAAAACAGGAUGCUCUUUGUAAAAAGUGUUGUACAUGUGGUGCUUUAUGGGAAAUGGGUGUGAUAAUACGUUGUUUGUAUGUAAAGAGAUUAUAAUCUAUUAAUCCAACACACAGAUUACCAGAAGUGCAGCCCUCACAGUAAUGUCCGGGUUGGUUUAUUCCCCACGGGUGAGGAAGACUUGUGUUAGGAGGAGGGCACUUUAUAACAGGAAGACGGGACAGAAACUGAGACUAAGGAACCAUCGUCAGUUUGACUCGGAUGUCGUGAAUAUCAAAACAAACAGUUGGAUGUUUGGUAAUGUGCUUUUCUUCCGACUCUCCGGAAGAAAGUGUAUCCGAUCCCCAAAAUGUUGAACUUUUGUGUUUACAGAAGCAGUUUUGUAUGAUUUAAAAUGACUGCUUGCUGGGGUGUUGUUUUCACUGUUGAAAAUAACCACUAUUUGUCAUCUACGCUGUUCUCAUCUUUUUACUUUGUAUUUAUAUAUAUUUUUUAAUUUACCAUAAUUUUAUUUCGUCAUUUUAAUCUCAUUGCUGGUAGAAGUACUGUAGUUAGUACUGUAGCUAUCGAUUCCGUAAAGAUAACAGAUUUAUUUAGAUAAGCAGCGUUUCAGUUACGAAUUAACAUUUUUCAGAUCACAUAAGUCAUAUGCAGCACAAGAGAUGGUGUCCGUGAUUUGUGAACUGUGUUUCAGAAAAUGUUCUAACCUCAAUUUGCAUUACUGUGGUGCGUUUCCCUUUUACUGAAAUAUAACGCUUCAUUUUAAAUUGUAAAUAUAUGGAAUGCUAAUUCAGCAUCUCACUGUAGCUUUAUCUGUCUUUAUGCACCACAUUCUCUGUGGUGAAAUAUAUCAUCCCACACUGUAAUCCGUUUACAGCAGUACGACCAAAAGUUAUGCACCAGAAUGAGAACUUCAGUAGUAGAAUACUCUAAAACAUUUGACCCGACAGACAUAACUUGUAUAUAAAUUUGUUGAAUGGAAGGUGUAUUGAAUUUGAAUUGAUUUGUACUGUAUUGUACUAUCCUUAAUAAAGAGAUAUUCACGUUUUGCACUUUA